GCUUGAAAAGAUAAGCGGUUUUAGCAGGUCACUGUAUUUGUAGUAAACACACACACACACACACACACACACACACACACAGAACAAGCAUCCAGGUCCCACAUCCUGGUACUUUGAGCGUUGUCAAGGCAGCUUCAGACAGAGCACGGCUGGUGGACAGUAGCUGCAGUGGCCUGGCCCUAUUCAGUCCAAACAACGUUCGUAUAAAGUGUCCCGGAAAGUUAAGUGUAGCUGGAAGGUAACAGAUAUGCAUGUUUCAGUUCCUUGCUGUUGUAAUCUUGCUGCUUUCCGUCGGUAGCUACUCCUUUCCCCUCCAUGUUAAACGGCGGAACACUUAGACAGGCGCCCCGUCCGUGAGGACAACAGGCGGAAGAUGCUGUCCAUUGUGCCGCUGAUGAAGACAGGGAUCCGGGCUCGCUUUACGGAAAACGUAGCCGUGUUUCUCACUAAGGGUACAGCUGCAUGCCAGUGCAAUGCCAUCUGCUCAGCAGUUUCACAUAGGAGAACACUGUGGAGUUAACAACCCUGAAUCUGUACUGAGGAACUUGACUGAUUCACUGUAAGAAAGAAAAUUAUUGCUGUUAGAUGAGAACCAAUGGGUGGCCCAAGCUAACAAUAGCAUGCCAUCGCAGAAAGGUAAAGGUUGUCCAGCAUACCAUCGUUACCGGCCAGCCUCCGAAUAUGAUGAUGCCACACUUGCCCAAAAGAGAGAAUAUUGGAGAAACAAGAAAAGAGAGCAGAGGGCCCGAGUGUCUGAACAGAGAAGAAAGUCGACACAAGACAGCCGAGAGGAAAAGCUCUCAUUUAUGUAUGUUUCUGCAGGGGUCAAUGCCAGUUUGUCAGACCCCUUGUCCUCUCCUUCAUUAAGUAAUGAUGACUCAUUUAGUUCUUUAUCUAACAGUGGAAAGACAACUGAUCACAGCUCAACAAAGGCCACUAAGAAACAGGAGUGGCAUCAGAAAAUGACAGUUAGCAAAGUCUUGCGUACCUUGCAGCCAACAUCAUGCUCCCUCUCAACUACAGCAGCUGAGGGUGGCACAGUCACAGUGAAAUGUCCAACAGCCAAAAGUGUUAAUGAACUGGUUACCUCAGCCAAAAGCAGUGGAACCCAACUUAACAACAGUUCAUCAGUGCCUCCAGUCAGAAUAACCCGUUUUACCAGCAACAGCUCCACAAAAACAGAACCUAAGCCAUGUGGAUCUAUGCAGGGCUCAUCAGUCCCCAAAACACCAUCCGAGGCACAGGUUGCAUUGAAUGAGCACCAGGUCUUAUCCAACAAUGUAAACACGGAUACAAUGCAUACAUCGUUCUGUGGCCCUGUUUCUAGUAAGACUGAGGGCCAAAGAACACACACAACACCUCAAAGUGGAACAAUGAGUGCCUUGGUCACUAUAAAAAGGGCUACAGGUUUUGGCGUUACACCAGCUCCCAUGGAGUCUGAGGAGGAGAGAGCAGCCAAACGAAGAGAGCACUGGAGAGUUAAAAAGCGAGAGCAGAGAGCAAAGCUGGCUGCUCAGAUCACUAAAGCCAGAGAAAGAACUCUUAGCAGAGAUAGGACUUUUCAGGGGCUAACAGCACAGAAAACAAGACUUGUGGCCAACCCAGCUCUUUCCAAUUCUCAGCCGUUUCUCAGAGGCGCAGGCCAGAAGCAGACUCCAGUUCGGGUUAAAGGGCCAUACACAACUGCCACAUUGGAAACUAACAAACAGCAAAGUGGGUUAGCUGUAACUAACCUACAAACAGAUCAGAUAAACGUACAGAAUCCACAUGGGCGUAAGAUGGAAGAGACAGCCUUCACAAUUGUUACGACCCAAGUAAAGAAGCCAGCAGAAUCACAGCGAAAACUAACUUGUGUGCAUCAUUCUAACAUUACCCAAGAGAUUGCAUCAUGUAAAACAUCUAGACAAAGGCCAAUUGAAACACAGAAGAAUUUCCUGCAUCAGAGAAAUUUAAGAAGGAAACCUUUCUUGACAGCUACAGUGUUUAGUGCCAGAGGUAUGCCAAAAAUGGACCCUAAUGACACAUCAGAGCAAAUAAUAGCCAAGCGGAGAGAGUACUGGCGGAAUAAGAAGCGUGAACAGCGAGCUAAGCUGUCAUUGGAGAAGAAGAUUCGACUAAAGGAGAAGGACUCUUUAACACGCCGAGUAAAGCGUUACCAACAAAUCCUUGAAGAAAUGAGGAAGGCAAGAGUCCUGGCGCAGUCAACUGAGUCAAAUGAGACCAUUGGGGGGUUCAUCAAAGAGGAUGGGACUCUGACAGUGAACAUACCUCAGAGUCAAAAAUAUCAAAACACAGCUGGAGACAAAAGUGUAGAAAAGCUCCAUGCCGUUUCUAAGAACAUUGUGAUGCAACCACAGUCACAAACUAACAUGAACUGGAGAAAUGUUGCACCCAGAAGGGUAAAUCAACGUUCACACUCAUCUCAGGGUAAAGUUGCCUUUUCUCUUGCUGUGCGGACAGUCAACAAAACUUCUAAAUUAUUUACUGUCACACCACAGUCUGACCUUGACAUAACUACUAGUUCUAGUUCAAAGUCAAACAAAAGUGUACAGCAGCUCACACUAACUCAUCUCCAGUCUCCUCAAAAUGCAGCCUCAGCCGCAGGUUCAAACUUUGGUGGCUGCGUCAUGAAAAUGAACAUCUCAAGCCGUAAACCAACACUUUCAGUGUUGUCUGUGGGUCAGAAGCUGACAGAGGAGGAGAGGAUGGCAAAGAAGAGGGAGUAUUGGAGAACUAAGAAACGUGAGCAGCGAGCAGCUCGUGCUUUUCGACUGAAGCAUAGUAUCUUUCAAGCAAGAACCAGUGCAGCCGUACUGAUCAGGAAGGCUCAGACACAAGAAUCAUCAAACACUGUGCAACCGAGCACCAAUUUUACUCACUGUACAGAAAAAGCACAAUAUUUUCUCAGCAACAAGGUGCCUGCUAUACCACAGGCAAAUGAGAUAAAACAGGAGGGCGAGUCUGUGCCUGCCACUGACCUAAUUUCUCCACCAGAUCAAGCCAUCUGUCUAGACAUCAAGCCCCCAACGUCCCCACCUGCACCUCCAGUGCCACAGCCAGAGCUUCAGCCAUCUCUAAAUGCAGACAGCCAAGCCACCACUCUGCUUGCUGUAGCCUCUAUGAAGAAACUCCUGGAGGAAUCGCUCUGCACAGUUACUGAAAAUCAGGUCGAGCCGGUUGGUUUGGUCAUAGAAACAACUGAAGAUGCUUCCAAGCAAGACAUUGAGCCCAUUUUAUCACAGCUUUAUUGUGAAAAGGACAAUAAAGCUCUUGUAGGUGCUUGCUUGACCUCCCAAACUAAAACCUUGGAGUCAGAUAAUGAUGUGCUGAAAGGAAAAGACUUACCAAAUCCCCAGCUCAAGGAUUUGUCACAAAAUAGUGAGGCAGUUCUAUCUCUUUCAACCUCAGGUGAGGUGGUGCAUUCAACCUGCGAUCAGUCAUGCCAGACCCCUUCAACGGCUUUCAUCAGCACAGCCUCAUCAUGUAGAACCCAGAGAUCUUACAGCAAAUAUAGGGCCCAUCAAAACUGCUGCUCUUAUGAGCCACCACAGCUCCAAAACAUCACAACCACAUGCCUGGAUCCAUCACAACUGCAUCACCUUGAUCAGCAGAGUCAGUGCCACAACAGCCAUGUGCCAUCAACAGAAACGUACCGCAGCAGUAUGACAAGGCAAAGCAGUUCUAGCAGCCUUGAAAAGAAGAGGGAAUACUGGAAGCUGAUGAAAAGACAGCAGAGGGCGAGGUUAAAGACCAGGCAGAAAGAUCUUUCAAAAAAUACCCAGACUGCAGGACUUAAUAUUAAUGAUAUUAAAUGUGUGAAUGCAACAAAGCCACCCAUUCAGUCCACCUCACCCGUCACAUCUGUGGCUGCGGUGAGCAGCAUUCCUGAAGUCUUGGUUGUUACAACAUGUAAAUCUGGACAGUCACCUGACGCACUCCAAGUCAAACUCCCCAUCAUCAGCAGAGAGGGAAAUGUGAGUGAUGGGACUUCAUCACAUCUGACUGACUUUGCUGGUGAAUCUUCACAACACUGUCAAAAGUGGACACCCAGAACCACAGAAACUGACACAGCCUCUUCCCUUCCUACUCUGAAACCCCCAGAUAACCCACUGUCAGCCAUCCACCUGCAUCCCAUUGAAUGUCCUAAUAAACAUCAAAAUCCCAUCCUCAGUCCUAUAAAAAUCCCUUGUGCUCAACAUCAAAGUCCCAUAAAUAUGGCUCAAUCUUCUGCCCAGGUGGCAUCAUUAAGCACCAUGAUGCCUCCAAAACGCAUCCCUGGGGAGUCUGAGGAGGACUUUCUGAGGAGAAAGCGAGAGUACUGGAGGUUAAAAAAGAAGGAACAAAGAGCAAGGAAGGCAUUUCAGGAAAAGGGACACACCCCAACGAGAGCUUCCAACAACAGCAGCAGCAUCCUGCCUGCCCAGGAUCUACAAACACUGACGAGAGCUAUGCAGGAUUCCAGUCAGUGGGUAAACUCCUCUGAAGCAUCUCAACAUCUAAUGAGCAUCCCAGUGGAUCCUGACCCCUCACCCUUUAUGUACACAAAUUUCCCAGCUCAAAUAGAAGGUGAGGCAGAUUUUCUGUUUGCUCACUGUGAUGAUAACGAUGAUGAGGAUACUAUGUCAGAGGCGGUCUGGAGAAACCGCUACCUCAUGGACUAUGAUCCGCUCAACCAGCUGCUGGUGUGCAUGGUCUGUGGGGAGCUUCAGUACUCCCACAGCCUGGAUGGAGUGAGGGCCCACAUCAAUGAGGCCCACCCUCUCACCCUGAGGCUGGAACCCAGAGAGAAACUGAAAAUACUGGAGGCCUGGGAUGAGCAGGUGUCACAGCGGGAGCGUUUCUUCAGCAGCCAGCUGCAGCAGCACUGUGGGCCUACAGAAGAACCAUACGGAAACUGAUUUGUAAAAGAAAUGGCUGCAGGGUCUACUGGAAACCAAGUCCAAAAGAGAAAACCACCAGUUUUUAUUUCUUCUUUCAGUUCUGUAUUGCAGUGUUUUAUUUAUUUGCAUGAAGGCAUUUGAAAAGAAAAGGCUUGGAGAGAAUUCGGCAUAAAAUAACAUUUCCCUCCGUUCCUAACAGGUGGGUUUAGGAAAAGUGGUACGAACCUUUUUUGGAUUAAUGCUGACCCAGGUUAUUUGUUAUAUUCCUCUUUUAUAAUUGAGAAUAAAAGACCAACAGACCUGCUGGGCUAGAUUAUUUGUUAUGGACACAUCCAUACAGCACAGGAAGGAAACACAUUCCAGUCUUUAUUUGUGUUGAUUAAUUGGACCGAGUUUUCUUGUUGGAUCCUGGUUGCUCAUUGCUGUCUCCAGUUGUGUAAUUGCUUUUUAAAAGCACCUGUACCAUGCUGCUCUUUAAGGCCUGUAUGCUGUUUACUCUCUCGUUUUGAUAUUUGAGGCAGUUUUUCCUUCUAACUUCAUCACCCUUGUGGAAAUCUUCCUGCAGUACCUUCAGGGGUUUUCUAUGUUGUAUAUAAACAAAUACAAAGGUAGCUGUAAAAGGCCAAAUGUUUUCUCCAUGCUGUUUUAUUAAUAUAUUUUUGAACAUUAUUUAUUAUUGUUGAAUCUCCUUAAAUAUAACUGUUUAUUGAAGAUGCGUUAUUCAUACAUAUAAUCCCAUCUUAGAGUAGUACAGUCUCUCAUUCGUAAGUAUUGAAUAUGUAAAGAUUUUUCUGUAUGAAUAGUAAAUGGAUGAACAGAAGCAUCGCAGCUAAAUAUUGGAAUGCAUUUCUGUUUUUUGUAUCGUUUUCCUCUUUAAUCUAAUGAUGCUUAACAUGCUGACAGAUGUUUCUGUUCCAGCACAAAGCUGUAAGGGAGAAAACUGAAAGCACAGCUGUAACAGUGAGAAGAGCUAAAAUGUCUCUUGGUUAUUCACAUAUGAAUGUAAUUUUGACUUAAUGAUGUUUACCUGUUGGAAAAGAAUCUCUAAAUGCCUUUUCCAGUAAUAAACCAUUUCUACAUUUUG